AUGAACAAUGUUAUACGCAAGGCUUUGCUAAAACAUUGGUACAUAUUGGAAUCCGACCCCGACCUUAGAGAAGUUACUAAUCAAAAACCUCUAAUAGCCUAUAGAAAAAAUAUCACAGUAGGAGGGAGAAUCAAUAUUAAGCACAGAAAGUUAGAACAAAAACAAGAAACAUGGUUGUCCCUAGCAACCCCAAAAGGGAAUAAACCUUGCGGUAAUUGCUCCUUCUGCCCAUUGAAUAUUAAUAGCAGAGUACUGUUCAUUGGAGGUGAAGAACAGGUUAUCCCGUGUCUCAUUACCUGCCGUACCACGUAUGUGGUUUAUGCGCUCAUUUGCCCUUGUGGACUGUAUUACAUAGGCAAGACCAAGAGAUGUCUUUUUGUCAGAACUAAAUAUGCAAAAUUCUUAAGGUCAUAUUUCUCAGUAAUAAUAAUAAAAGGAUUCUUAUCCUUGGCAGAUGACUGUACCGGGAGAUCAGAGGAGAAUCUUAUAUCUUCAGAUUAUAAAGCAGAUGAUGAUAUCACACAAGAUACAUAUGAAGAACAUUCCAUUAUCCCAGAUACACCCUCAGCCCUUCACAGACAAGAUCUGUCUUCUCAUCCUGUUAUACCCGUCCUGUCUACUGAUCCAUCACAGGCUGGUAAACAGAAAAAAAGCCACAGAAGGGUUGUUGCACAUCGAAAAGCUUAUACAGAGAAGAAGCCAUUUUCUUGUUUAGAAUGUGGGAAAUGUUUUACUCUAAAAUCAAGACUUUUUAGACAUCAAAAAACUCAUACAGGAGAGAAGCCAUUUUCAUGUUCAGAAUGUGGGAAAUGUUUUAUUGAAAAAUCAGAUCUUGUUAAACAUCAAAGAAUUCACACAGGAGAGAAGCCAUUUUUAUGCCCAGAAUGUGGAAAAUGUUUUAUUGGACAAUCACAUCUUAGUAGACAUCAAAAAAUUCACACAGGCGUGAAGCCAUUUCCAUGCCCUGAAUGUGAGAAAGGUUUUAUUGUAAAAUCACAUCUUGUUAGACAUCAAAGAAUUCACGCACGGGAGAAGCCAUUUUCAUGCCCAGAAUGUGGGAAAUGUUUUUCUCGAAAAUCAUAUCUUCUUGAACAUCAAAACACUCACACAGGAGAAAAGCCAUUUUCAUGUCCAGAAUGUGGGAAAUGUUUUUUUCACAAAUCACAACUUAAUAUUCAUAAAAAAACUCACACAGGGGAGAACCCGUUUUCCUGCCCAGAAUGUGAGAAAUGUUUUACUCAAAAAUGUAAUCUUGUUAAACAUCAACAAAUUCACACAGUCCUAAAGGCCCGGAUCUUUGGCGACCGGGAAAGAGCAGGCCAGAGUUCCCAAGGAACUGGAAAUAUAGGUGCCAUGAUCGUCCCAGUCCAGCACUUUCCAGGUGAGGUCCCCCACACUGGAAAGAAGGGACGAUCCCAGAAAAAAUGCAGUGUGUGUAACAGGAGGGGGAUACAGAAGGACACCACCACUCAGUGUGACACUUGCCCCGAUCAUCCGGGCCUCUGCAUUAAAAACUGCUUCAAGGAGUAUCACAUUUCCAUGGAGUACUAAAUUUUCCCUUUUCAUUUUAAUUUCCCAUAAUUUGACCCCAAUGUACCAAGUCCAGAAUACAUUCCAUGUUUUAACCCCAUAAGCCACUAAAUUGCCCUCUUUUAUAAAAAAAAAAAAAGCACCUGAUAAGACCUCUGGGGGUAUUUUCUCCAAAAAUGAGUCACUGAGUCACUAUCAUCGGGGACUUUUUUAUGUUGCCUCAAAUGUGCAGCGCUCUCUCCACCUGAGCGGGGUGCGCAUUUGAGGCAACAGGUUAGGGACGGCCACACACAUCAAAUUCCCAGAAUUAUGACUCGGAGCAUAGGGUUUGGUGCGGGCAUAUUUUUUAGUUUUGGUUAUGCUUUGGGUCAUCAUUCUGGGAACAUAACCUAUUUUUUCAUUUUACGGCCCACUGUACCCCAUUUUAUUAACUCAGUGUACCCCAUGUAACGCUCCUUGAGGGGGGUCCCUCUGUUCUGGCUCAAUAGUAGCUCAGUAAAUGCUCAAGGCCCCUGACUGUGCUCCUGCUCUUCCAAGACCUGGUGUGCACCCGCAGAGCUGUUUACAUGAAUAUAUGAGGUAUUUUCUUACUCCAAAGAAAUGUAUUUACAAAUUUACGGUGACUUUUUCUCCUAUUGCCUCUUGUGAAAAUGAAAAAUUUGGGGUAAC